AAAUGCUUUGUAAGAGCGGUGGUUGAACAUGAAUAUAUAAUGGUCUUAUGUCCCGCGAUAGAAGUCUCUCCAUCACUCCUCUUCUAUCCUUUGAAGCCCUCUCAAGAUAACACUAGUCUUCAGUACGAUGCCUAAGAUUGAAACCGUUGCGAUCGCUGGAGCAUCUGGCACCCUGGGACCUUACGUGUUCCAAGCACUUGUCAAUGCAGGAUUUCGGGUCGCGAUUCUCACUCGUUCUCAAAAGCCUGGAGCAUACGCCUCAAACAUUGAUGUCUUCGAAGUUGACUUCAAUUCAGUGAAGUCGUUAACCGCUGCACUUAAAGGUGUCGACGCUGUCGUGUCCACUGUGGGUGGUGCAGCAGUCGACAAUCAAACUGUGCUUAUCGAGGCCGCCAUUGCCGCAGGAGUGAAGCGUUUUAUUCCUUCUGAAUUUGGCAGCGUUACCACCAAUCCGAAGCUCGAAAAUUUGCCAAUCUAUAGUUCCAUGUUCAAGAUUCGGAAUUCUCUCCAGGAAAAGGCAGCAGCCGGAGAAUUGUCAUGGACAGUUCUUGCAUGUGGCGCCUUCUUGGACUCUGUUUUGAGCAGUCCAAUUUUGCUGGACUUUCAGAACCACACUGUGACUAUGCUCGACGAAGGCGACAAUCGGAUCAGUUCUACCUCCUUGUCCGGGGUGGGGAGAGCUAUCGCUGCAAUCCUGCAAAACUUUGACGACACGGAGAACAGAGUCAUACGUGUAUCAGAGGCAAUUUUGACUCAAAACCAACUGCUUGGGUUUGCAAAGGAGCUUCGGCCUGAUAUCAAGUGGAGGACUAGCAAGGAGCAGACAAGCGUGCUUUUACAGGAGAGUCUGGAACAAUUUGGAGCCGGUGACUUCAGUAUGUCGGCCUUCAUGAAACUGAUGAAAGGUACUGCUCUCGCUGGUGAUACUUAUGGUGGCGCAUUUUAUGUGACGGAUAAUGAGCUGCUUGGUAUCAAAGAACUGGGACCAGCAGACCUGAGGAAGCUCAUCGCCGAGAAGCUCGCCUAGAGUAUAGUGGUACUGUAGGAUUUACGAAGGACUGUUGCAGAAAGAGCCUAGAAAUUUCAACUUGUGAUUAUAACCCCUGCCUGAUAGUGUGGACAGUUUGCCAAUCUCGGCUUAACACAUUACGAU